AUGGCUGACGCGGUUUCAGCAGACGCAGCAGCCGCGACGCAGUGGCUCUUUACGCGCGAGGAUCUGCAAUUCACACCCAGUGUGACGGGCGUAUAUGACGCACUCCUGGAUGCAUCGUCAUCGCCUAACAAACAUUUAGCACAGACCAUGACGUCAGAGCAGGAGCGUGUUCUCCGUGGUAAGGGGGUACACCUUAUUUACAAGAUGGGCGAAUUUCUCCAAGUUGGUCAGCAUGUCAUGGUUGCAGCUGCGACGUAUUUUCACCGCUUCUUUAUGCGCCGACCACUGCAGGUCCAUCGUGCUGGCAGCGGAUGGUCUCAUUACGAAAUAGCAGCAGCAUGUGUGUUUCUAGCAUGCAAGUCGGAGGAAUCGCUACGGAAGUUGCCAUUUAUCGUCGAUGCUGUUAUGGCAUCGCUCGACAAGUCGCCAGAAGGUCAAAUGCGUUGGGCUGACCGUUCUUUCCGCUCGCAUCAUGGCUCUCACGAGUUUGCGAAAUGGCGAGACUGUAUUCUGUUGCAUGAGGAAGCGCUACUAACGACACUCUGCUUUGACCUGGUGGUGCCUCAGCCACAUGAGGCGCUGGUGCGUGCGACGCGCGCGAUGGAAGUUGAACCUGCUUUGGCUCGUCUUGCAUGGACGAUCCUAAAUGACUGCAUGCGUGAUCCUGUGUGUCUAUUCUUUGAUGCGCCUGUGCUUGCCGCAGGUGCCUUCCUGAAGGCAUGUUGUGAGCGGCAUGUCGAUCCAGCCAUGUAUUAUGCGGCUCGUCCGCGUGAUGCUCCACGCAUUGAUACGGCAGAUGCAUAUUUUGACUGGCUCGAUGCAUUCGACGUGGACGAGGACGAGGCUCGAGAGGCCAUGACUGCUAUAGAUGCGGAUGUGUAUGACUUUCAUAUGCCGCUACAACGGCCAACUGUCUCUAAGCCAGCACACACGGCGGGAGUGCGUGAAUCACCAGCCGAGUCCGGGGCGCCACCCACUGAGCCUUUACCUUCAGCGACUCCAUCCGACUCGGCGUCUGCCCCCGCCGCACCUUCCGUGUCAGAGUCUGAUGUGCCUGAGCCUCCACCAACUAACGUCACAUGA